AGACAAAUAUUGUCAAUACAUUUUUAUACGGAUUUAUUGAGGAAGAAAGGUGUAUUCACCUUUUUAUAAGGAAAAAGUGUUAAUCGUAAUAAUAAUAUAAUGGCGGCAGAAUUAUCGUCAUCGAAUAUCGCUGAGGUUAAAAAUAUGGGUCCCAGAGAAGUUAUUAUAGAGGAAAUGGAUGAUAGUCCAGAUUCUUCAGUGGGUUCAUCAGAUUCUGAAGAUAGAGUACCAUUAGCUCGACCUGAUAUACCACCAGAAUAUUGGCACAUACAAAAAUUAGUGAAAUAUAUGAAGUCGGGAAAUCAAACGGCAACGGUUGUUGCUUUAUGCUGCCUAAAAGAUCAUGACCUAUCUAAUGAAAUAAAUCAAAUGGCUAUUAUGGACAUAGGUGGUUUAGAAGUUUUAGUAAAUCUUUUAGAGACGGCCGAUAUAAAGUGCAAACUGGGAGCUUUAAGUGUACUAACCGAAUUAUCACUAAAUUUAGAAAUUCGUCGAAGCAUUGCCGAUUUAGGCGGCAUAGCUUUACUGGUUAGCAAUUUAGGACUACCGGCAAGAGAUUUACAAAUUUUAGUUAGCGAGACCAUUUUCAACGUAGCGCAAGUUCGAAAAGCCAGAAAACAUGUACGAAAAUUCGAUGGGAUCCCGAAGCUUGUUGAUUUACUCGAUAUUAAUGAAGCUUAUCUAAUUACAAAGUGGGACGAUUUAGAUGUAGAUGAAAAAGAAAUGGUCAAUACAGCUAUAUCGGCUAUGAGAGCUUUAUGGACUGUUAGUACUAGUAGAAAGAAUGUUUUAGUUAUGAUGAAAUGUGGGAUUAUACCAUUGUUGGCAAGAUUAUUAAGAUCAAUACAUAUGAAUGUUGUGAUACCAACCGUUGGUACAAUAGCACAAUGUGCAAGUGAAGAAAGUUAUCAACUUGCAAUUGAAACCGAAGGAAUGAUAAAAGACAUUGUAAAACACUUAUCAGCUGUUGAUUAUCCCCAAUUAAGACAACAAUGUGCAGCAACAAUUUUUAGAUGUGCUGAAUCACCAGUAACAAGAGAUUCAGUGCGACAUUUCGGCGGAUUAGAUCCUUUGGUAGUAAUAAUAAAAGAUCCAAACUGUCGCCCUGAUAAACCCCUUCUAGCUGCUGCCACUGGUGCUAUUUGGAAAACGGCAAUAACUCCAGAAAAUGUUGAAAGAUUUGAUCAAAUAAAAACAGUUGAUGCUUUGGUUCAAUUGUUAGCAAAUCCAGACGAAACCGAAGAAGUUUUAAGCAACGUUGUUGGUGCUUUAUCUGAAUGUUUAAAAUUCGAACAUAAUCGAGAGGUUUUAAAAAGAGCGGGUGGAAUUCCGUAUUUAGUAAAUUUACUGAAUUACACUUACACUCCUUUAUUGGAAAACGUACCAAUGGUAUUAAGAGAAUGCGCUAAAGAUUUUGACUCGAUGAGGGUUAUCGAAGAAUUAGAUGGAGUUAGAUUGAUUUGGUCAUUAUUAAAAAACGAAUCUACUUCUGUUCAAGCAAAUGCAGCAUGGUCAUUAGUACCGUGUGUAAAACACGCAAGGGAUUCCGGAGAAAUGGUUCGAUGUUUCGUAGGGGGUUUAGAAUUAAUUGUGAACCUUUUAAAAUCACCAGAUGCUCAUGUCUUGGCGUGUGUUUGCGCCGCAUUAGCUGAAAUAGCUCAAGAUAGAGAAAAUUUAGGCAUCAUUACAGAUCAUGGUGUUGUACCAAUGUUGGUGAAUUUAGUUCAUAGCGAGCACGUUGAAUUAAGAGAACACCUCGCAUCCGCAAUCGCGUAUUGUUGCUCAUGGAGAUCAAAUUGCAAAAUGUUUGGAAGAUUAGGUGCUAUAACUCCGUUGGUUGGUUACAUGGCUUCGAAUAAUAGUAAUGUACAAAGAACUACCGCUUUGGCUUUAUUUCAUUUAUCGAAAAAUUCGUUUAAUUGUAUAACGAUGCAUGAAAGUGGAGUCGUGCCGUUUUUAUUAAAAACGGUUUCAUCGGAAGAUCAAACUUUACAAGAAGCAUCAGCUGGGUGUUUAGGUAAUAUUAGGAGAUUAGCUUUGGAAGCUGAAACGUAUCAUUUGGUAACUAGAGGGGAAAAACCAGAAAGUUCAGAAGAGGAUGACGAUUAAAUUACGCUGUUGUUAAAAACUGAAUUGAUUUAAUUAGCAUGAAAAAUUCAAUUGAGCUAAUUAUAAAAUUUUUCUGAGUG